AAAAAAAAAAAAAACACGCAAAAGCUCGGGCCUGCUCGCAACUUGGUGGUGAUUUAAUCUGUGCCCGCGCGAUUUAUUCCGUUUUUGGACCCGCGUCUUUCUACCGCCAGCAUGUACGAUGGAGAAGAAGAUAUGCAAUAUGAUGAGGAUGAUGAUGAAAUCACACCAGAUCUUUGGCAAGAGGCCUGUUGGAUUGUCAUUAGCUCUUAUUUUGAUGAGAAAGGUUUGGUACGUCAGCAGCUUGAUUCUUUUGAUGAGUUCAUUCAGAUGUCAGUGCAGCGUAUUGUCGAAGAUGCACCUCCAAUAGAUUUGCAGGCUGAAGCUCAGCAUACGUCGGGGGAAGUGGAAGAGCCACCCCGAUAUUUGUUGAAGUUUGAACAAAUUUAUUUAUCAAAGCCUACCCAUUGGGAAAGAGAUGGUGCGCCUUCACCAAUGAUGCCAAAUGAAGCAAGGUUAAGAAAUUUAACAUAUUCCGCCCCCUUGUAUGUGGAUAUUACAAAAACGGUGGUGAAAGAAGGAGAAGAGCAAAUUCAGACUCAACAUCAAAAAACAUUCAUUGGGAAAAUUCCAAUUAUGUUGCGAUCAACAUACUGUUUGUUAAAUGGCCUAACUGAUCGUGACCUUUGUGAGUUAAAUGAAUGUCCUCUUGAUCCUGGAGGCUACUUCAUUAUUAAUGGAUCAGAAAAGGUUCUAAUUGCUCAAGAAAAGAUGGCUACUAACACAGUGUAUGUGUUUGCAAAGAAGGAUUCAAAAUAUGCUUACACAGCAGAGUGUAGGUCUUGUUUGGAGAACUCAUCAAGACCAACAAGUUCCAUUUGGGUUAGCAUGUUGGCUAGAGGUGGUCAGGGUGCCAAGAAAAGUGCUAUCGGCCAGCGCAUUGUUGCAACUUUACCUUAUAUCAAGCAGGAAGUACCUAUCAUUAUUGUGUUCCGUGCUUUGGGCUUUGUAUCUGAUAGAGACAUAUUGGAGCAUAUUAUUUAUGAUUUUGAAGAUCCUGAGAUGAUGGAAAUGGUGAAGCCUUCACUUGAUGAAGCGUUUGUCAUUCAGGAACAGAAUGUAGCCUUAAAUUUCAUUGGCUCAAGAGGUGCCAAACCUGGUGUUACUAAAGAAAAAAGAAUUAAAUAUGCUAAAGAGGUUUUGCAGAAGGAAAUGCUUCCACAUGUGGGUGUUAGUGACUUUUGUGAAACAAAAAAAGCAUAUUUUUUAGGGUACAUGGUACACAGACUUCUUCUAGCGGCUUUGGGAAGGAGGGAACUUGAUGACAGAGAUCACUAUGGUAACAAAAGGCUGGAUCUGGCUGGACCAUUGCUUGCUUUUCUCUUCAGGGGGAUGUUCAAAAAUUUGCUCAAAGAGGUCCGGAUAUAUGCACAGAAAUUCAUUGACCGAGGAAAGGAUUUUAAUUUGGAACUGGCUAUUAAGACACGAAUAAUUUCAGAUGGCUUGAAGUAUUCUCUAGCUACUGGAAAUUGGGGUGACCAAAAGAAAGCCCAUCAAGCAAGAGCUGGUGUGUCACAAGUCUUAAACCGCUUGACAUUUGCUUCCACCCUUUCUCAUUUGCGAAGAUUAAACUCUCCUAUUGGGAGAGACGGAAAGCUUGCUAAACCCAGACAACUGCAUAACACUCUGUGGGGAAUGGUCUGUCCAGCUGAGACACCAGAAGGUCAUGCAGUAGGUCUUGUAAAGAAUCUGGCAUUAAUGGCUUACAUUUCUGUUGGGUCUCAGCCCUCUCCAAUAUUGGAGUUUUUGGAGGAGUGGAGUAUGGAAAACCUUGAAGAAAUUUCACCAGCAGCCAUUGCAGAUGCCACUAAAAUAUUUGUGAAUGGCUGCUGGGUUGGCAUACACAAAGAUCCAGAACAGUUGAUGAAUACACUAAGGAAACUGCGUCGUCAAAUGGACAUCAUUGUAUCUGAGGUAUCUAUGAUUAGAGACAUUAGAGAACGUGAAAUCAGGAUCUAUACCGAUGCUGGUCGAAUAUGCAGGCCUUUAUUAAUUGUGGAAAAACAGAAAUUGCUGUUAAAGAGGAGACACAUUGAUCAGCUGAAAGAGCGUGAAUAUAAUAAUUACAGUUGGCAGGACCUUGUCGCAAGUGGUGUCGUCGAAUAUAUUGAUACUCUGGAAGAGGAGACGGUCAUGCUUGCCAUGACACCUGAUGAUUUGCAAGAGAAGGGAGUUGCAUAUUGUUCAACAUACACACAUUGUGAAAUCCACCCCUCUAUGAUUCUGGGUGUCUGUGCUUCCAUCAUACCAUUCCCUGACCACAAUCAGUCUCCCAGAAACACAUAUCAGUCUGCUAUGGGUAAGCAGGCCAUGGGUGUUUACAUCACAAACUUUCAUGUUCGAAUGGACACGCUAGCUCAUGUGUUGUAUUACCCACAAAAACCACUUGUCACUACAAGGUCAAUGGAGUACCUGAGAUUCAGAGAGCUCCCAGCAGGUAUAAACUCUAUUGUGGCUAUUGCAUCAUACACUGGAUACAACCAGGAGGAUUCUGUAAUCAUGAACCGCUCUGCUGUCGACAGAGGCUUUUUCAGGUCUGUGUUCUACCGUUCUUACAAAGAACAAGAGUCCAAGAAGGGAUUUGAUCAAGAAGAAGUCUUUGAAAAACCUACCCGUGAAACAUGCCAAGGUAUGAGACAUGCCAUUUACGAUAAAUUAGAUGAUGAUGGUUUGAUAGCACCUGGUGUCCGUGUGUCUGGGGAUGAUGUGAUAAUUGGUAAAACCGUAACACUGCCCGAAAAUGAUGAUGAGCUCGAAAGUGUUAACCGUCGAUACACAAAGAGAGACUGUAGCACUUUUCUACGCACCAGUGAAACAGGAAUUGUCGAUCAAGUCAUGGUGACUCUCAAUCAAGAAGGAUACAAAUUUUGCAAGAUAAGGGUACGUUCAGUUAGAAUCCCACAGAUUGGAGAUAAGUUUGCUAGUCGACACGGACAAAAGGGUACCUGUGGUAUUCAGUACAGACAGGAGGAUAUGCCUUUCACCUGUGAGGGCAUUACUCCUGAUAUUAUCAUCAACCCUCAUGCCAUCCCUUCUCGUAUGACCAUUGGACAUUUGAUUGAAUGUCUCCAAGGGAAGGUAUCGGCAAACAAGGGAGAAAUAGGUGAUGCAACACCUUUUAAUGAUGCAGUUAAUGUGCAGAAGAUUUCUAAUCUGUUAUCAGAUUAUGGGUAUCAUCUUAGAGGAAAUGAGGUUCUGUACAAUGGAUUCACAGGACGCAAAAUCACAUCGCAGAUUUUUAUUGGCCCUACUUAUUACCAGAGGUUAAAGCACAUGGUAGAUGAUAAAAUUCACUCCAGGGCAAGAGGCCCUAUUCAGAUUUUGAACAGACAGCCAAUGGAGGGUAGAUCUCGUGACGGAGGCUUGCGUUUUGGUGAAAUGGAGCGAGAUUGCCAGAUUGCUCAUGGAGCAGCACAGUUUUUAAGAGAGCGAUUAUUUGAAGCCUCUGAUCCUUAUCAAGUUCAUGUCUGCAAUCUCUGUGGGUUAAUGGCUAUUGCUAACACUAGGACACACACAUAUGAAUGCAGAGGCUGCAGAAAUAAAACACAAAUCUCCCUGGUACGCAUGCCAUACGCCUGUAAGCUUUUGUUCCAAGAAUUGAUGUCAAUGAGCAUUGCUCCACGUAUGAUGACUACUUAGCAUAAUUUCCUUUCUUUUUUUAUUGUUUUGUUCUACUUAUGUAUCACAUCUUUUCUGUGGAAAGAUUUAAUAAAUUGCUUGUCAACAA